CCCACUCGUCCACAGAGUCCCCUACUUGGUCUUCCUYCUUAAGGAGGCGUGAAGAAGGAAACGAAAAAAAUAAUAAUAAUAAAAAAAAAAAUUCCCAGACCGGAAACUCCCUUGACAGUAAAAGUAUGUGUGGACGACAAGAUGACAAGUUCGACGAAGUUCUGCGUGUGGUUUAUCUAUUUAACUAUUUUACUUUCAAACGCGGUAAUCUCCUCGUCGGAUUCGGCUGAAGACGAAGUUCAGGUUUCACUCAGACACCUGAMCAGAAGACAGGUGUGUCCUGACGGCCUCUACCGACACGGAGACAGGAGCUGCUGUCGGUGUGCGGCAGGUCAGCGAGUCAAGGAUCACUGCACGUCAAACCCGAAUGAUGGAACCUGCGAGUAUUGUGAAAAUAAAAAGACGUACAACGACCAACCUAACUCUGAACAGUUUUGUAAACUCUGCACGUCAUGUGACCAUCCCAACGCUAACCUAGAGACAGAGGAAGAGUGCACCAUUGCCAGAGAUGCUAAGUGUCGCUGUAAGCCAAAUCACUUUUGUAGCAGCAACAGCACAGGAACGUGUAUAAUCUGCCAGCCUUGUGAAACGUGUGCUUCUUCCGGCAAUAAAGAACUCUGCGCACGCUAUUGCAAAGAAGAAACUAACAAUGUUGGUGCGAUUGUUGGAGGCAUUAUUGGAGCUGUUGCUGUUGGUGUUGCUGCAUUUGUUGGAGUGAUAUGCUGGAAAAAGAGAUCAAAGAAAUCAUCAACAGACAUAACAAGUCCGGAAAACCCGCUUCUUCAGGUUCCAGUCGACAUGCAGCCUCUCCUCCCUGACAUAGCGAACAAGCUUGGGUGGGUUAAUAUGUAUCGAAUAGCGCUACGGAGUGGAAUAUCAAAAACUGAGAUUGACAAUGUUAAGUUGAACCAGCCAUUGGACGCCGAGGAGAGGACUUUAGAAUUACUGGGGAUGUGGGUGGAGAGGAGGGGCAAGCGCGCAUCACAGGAACUGAUCGAGAUGCUUCAAAAAAGUGGCAAAAAGGCCACGGCAGAAAAGAUUUUAGAAAUAUAUAAAAGUGCCAACCCUGUGACCUCUWGUAGUUCUGAGUAAUUGUGCCUGUUUGAAUAUAUUUACUCUGCCUAACAGUGUUCUUGUUAAUGAACUGUGACUGCUUGUCUGCUUAAACUUUAUUGUAUUUGAUAACUUGAUAAAGUUUUUAGGUUUACAUAGAAGUCCGCUGCGAGCUGCAGGGAUGAUUCAUGAACAAAUGCUUCUUAUGUGCUUUAAUCUGAUCAGAUCAUGGAUCGACACGMUUUUAUUGUAGUUAUUUUAUGGGAUGAUGACGGUAGGUGAAUGUUAAAUGCUUUUAUUUUAUGAUGGAAUAUUAGGGCCACGCUACAAGAUUUAUUUAUUUUUAAUUAGGAGAGGAAAAAAGGUAUUUUACAUGAGAUAUCUAUUUCCCGUUCCUGGGUCGGCUCGGCUCACAUCUGCUGUGUACAGCCUCCAAUGUUUGUCUAAAAGUUCUCGUAAUCCUAUGACUUUAUUCUGGUAAUAUUAUGACUUUAUAUUUAAAUGUAUUAUAACAACUUUAUUUU